AUGGCGACCGAGGUCGUCUACCGCGAGCGCGGAAGACAUUACCAAUGGCCCGAAGUACAAUUGAAUCUAUGGAUCUUUAUCGUCCUGGCCGGGGCAUCGACAGUGCUGGGGAUAAAUGCGUGGUUCAUCUCGGUACAAAAUCAAAUGAGGGUCGGGGUUCCCUGGUUAUUCACCUUUGCCGUCGUCACCGGUGGUCUGACGAUAUUAUUCCUCAUCAUCGUCCUCAUCCUGGCCGCCCGUCGCCUGCUGGUGCCUGGCGUUAUAUUACUAGGAUCAUUUAUUUUGUUCGUGUUAUGGGUGACCACACUCAUUGAGACGGCUAUCCAAUUAUACGGUUCGGGCAACGUCAACAGCAACUGCAACAACUAUGUCACUGGCCAAGAGUAUACGGGCGUUUCGAUAGAGACCCUGGCCUGGCUGACGCAGAGCAACAUAUGUUCAUGUUGGAAGGCCUCGUUCGCCUGGUCCAUUAUUUUGGCCGUCUUAUUUUUGUGGAUGAUGAUUCUGUCCUGGCAGGUUCAAAACUUCGAGGAGUGA